AUGCACUCUCUAAAACACCCUCAUGAAAACUCUCUACAAAAUCAUCAAAAGAUCGAUAUCAAUGAAGGAGUUGAGAGAUUGAGGUUCUCGAUGGUCUUUUUUAUGCUCAUUUUACAAGUUUUCUAUGGAAAUAUGGACCAAUGGGAUGAUGGAGGAGACUUCAGUUGUGCAUCAUUUAAUAAAGAUUGGUUAACUAUGUAA